AUGAGCAGCCCGUGUCUGUGCCGGGCUGUUCCUGUCAGCCAGAGCCGGCUUAGGGAGGUGAAGAUCAACCUGAAGAGCAGCAGAGAGACCAGUGCCCUCCGGUCUAAUGCCCCAACUAAAGAGCUCGGCAGUCGAGUUUUCGCCUCUACCAAAGAAACCCCAAUCAGGGCCAAUGUGACGGGCAAUCGGAGCAAGAGCACCCCUCCAGUCCAUCACACCCAGCAGGGUGAGAUGAAGAGAGGAGCAAGGGUGGACAGGUUCCACAAACAUGAGCUGGAGCAGCAGCAGCAGCAGCAGCAGCAGCAGCCUGAAAGAAAUGGCACUCUGUUGGAUAUCCCCUCAUCUGGAGCGUCGCUGGAAAUCUGCCCCCUCUCCUCCUCCUCAUCCUCCUCUUCCUCAUGCACACAGAGACGCCCCCGGCCAUCGCAACUUCAACCUUUGGCCACAUCCUCAUCUCGGAGCAUGAGACGAGCCCGCUGGCUCAGCUACAGCACCUCCAAUAUCUAUUUCAACUCUAUCCUGGAUGGGCGCUUCAGACAGCUUCAAGAUGAGAGAGAGGCUGUCCAGAAGAAGACCUUCACGAAAUGGGUGAACUCUAUCCUGGCCAGGGUCAGCUGCCGAAUCUCAGACCUCUAUCUGGACCUGCGGGAUGGUCGCAUGCUCAUCAAAUUACUGGAAGUUCUAUCAGGGGAGCGGCUGCCUAAGCCCACAAAGGGACGCAUGAGGAUUCACUGCUUGGAGAAUGUGGACAAAGCUCUGCAGUUCCUAAAGGAGCAGAGAGUACAUCUAGAAAACAUGGGAUCACAUGAUAUUGUUGAUGGAAAUCACCGUCUCAUCCUCGGCCUUAUUUGGACCAUCAUCCUUCGCUUCCAGAUUCAAGACAUUGUUGUCGAGACAGGAAAGGCUGACCAGACAGGCAAGCAAGAGACUCGCUCAGCUAAGGAUGCACUCCUCCUCUGGUGCCAAAUGAAGACUGCAGGAUAUCCAAAUGUAAAUAUCACCAACUUCACCACCAGCUGGAAGGAUGGUAUGGCCUUCAAUGCCCUCAUACAUAAACACAGGCCAGAUUUGGUGGACUAUGGCAAGCUGCAAAGGUCCAAUCCCACACACAACCUUCAGCAUGCCUUCAACGUAGCAGAGCAAAAGCUUGGUGUCACCAAACUUCUGGACCCAGAAGAUGUGUUCACAGAAAAUCCAGAUGAGAAGUCUAUCAUCACAUAUGUUGUGGCAUUUUACCAUUACUUCUCCAAGAUGAAAGCUCUUGCAGUGGAAGGAAAGAGGGUUGGGAAGGUGCUAGACCAUGCCAUUGAGACAGAGAAGAUGAUUGAUAAGUAUGAGACAUUGUCCUCAGACCUGCUGACAUGGAUUGAACAGACAAUCCUUGUCCUUAACAACCGCAAACUUGCAAACUCGCUGACUGGUGUCCAACAGCAACUCCAAGCCUUCAACUCCUACCGCACUAUGGAAAAGCCACCCAAGUUCCAGGAAAAAGGAAAUCUGGAAGUUUUGCUCUUCACCAUCCAAAGCCGGAUGAGGGCCAACAACCAAAGGGUGUACACUCCUAGAGAGGGAGCGCUAGUGGCAGACAUUAACAGGGCAUGGGAGCGUUUAGAGCGAGCAGAGCAUGAGCGGGAGAGGGUCCUGAGGGAUGAGCUUAUCAGGCAGGAGAAGUUGGAACAAAUGGCCCGUCGCUUUGACAGGAAAGCUGCAAUGAGAGAAACCUGGCUGGUGGAGAACCAGAGACUGGUAGCACAGGACAACUUUGGCUAUGAUCUGCCUGCAGUGGAGGCAGCAAAGAAGAAGCAUGAUGCAAUCGAGACAGACAUUGCUGCGUACGAGGAGCGCGUGCAGGCUUUGGUGGCCAUGUCUCGGGAACUGGAGUCUGAGCGUUACCACGAUGCUAAGCGCAUUGAUGCCCGCAAGGACAACAUUCUGCGUCUGUGGGAUUACUUGCAGGAGUUGCUGAGUGCCCGUAGGAGCCGACUGGACAAGAACCUCACUCUGCAGAGGAUUUUUCAGGAGAUGCUGCAUAUCAUCAACUGGAUGGAUGAGAUGAAGGCUCGGCUCCUGUCUCCUGAUUUUGGGAAGCACCUUUUGGAGGUGGAGGACUUGCUGCAGAAGCAUGCCCUGGUGGAGGCAGACAUCGCUGUUCAGGCGGAGAGAGUACAUUCAGCCAACGCAGCUGCUCUAAAGUUUGCAAAUGGAGACAGCUAUAAACCAUGUGAUCCACAGGUGAUCCAGCAUCGUGUAGAACACUUGGACAUGUGCUAUCAGGAGCUUUGUACACUUGCAGAACAGCGGAAGGUCCGUCUGGAGCAGUCACGUCGCCUCUGGAACUUCUUCUGGGAGAUAGAGGAGCUGGAGAGCUGGAUUCGAGAGAAGGAGCACAUCUUCUCCUCGCUGGACUAUGGCAAGGACCUGACCAGUGUACUGGUGCUACAGAGUAAGCACAGUGCAUUUGAAGAUGAGCUGGGUGCCCGGCGUGACCACUUGAAGCAGGUGAUGGAUGAAGGCCGAGCUAUGGUGGAAGCAAAGCAUUUUGGUGCCCCCAAAGUGCAGCAACGUAUGGACAGUGUGCAGCAACAGUGGCAGCAGCUGGAAGAACUGGCUGCUUUCCGCAAGCAGAACUUGCAGGACACACAGCGUUUCUUCCAAUUACAGGGUGACGCUGAUGACCUCAAGGCUUGGCUGGUAGAUGCCACACGGCAGAUGGCCAGUGAUGAAGUUGGCCACGAUGAAUAUACCACGCAACGGCUGCUCAAAAGGCAUCGUGAUCUUAGGGAUGAGGCUGCCAAGAAUGGAGCUACAAUUGACACUCUUAACAAGCAGGCUAACGCACUGCCUGAGGAGUUGCGUAACACUCCUGAUAUCCAGCGGCGGCUGAAGGAUAUCCGAGAUCAAUACAUGGAGCUCCUCUCACUCUCAGACCUACGUCAGAAGAAGCUGGAUGACACCAUGGCACUGUACACUAUCUUCAGUGAAACAGAUGCUUGUGAACUCUGGAUGGGACAAAAAGAGACCUGGCUAGUGGGGCUGGAGACUCCAGAGAAGUUGGAGGAUCUGGAGGUUGUGCAGAACAGGUUAAGUAUCCUGGUUCAAGAGAUGGGCAACAUGCAAACGAGGGUUGAUGAUGUCAACAAAGCAGCUAAACAGCUAGAGGACAGCAGACAUCCAAGAAUAAAGGAAGUCAAAGAUUGUCAGACUCGCCUCAACAAGAGGUGGGAGGCAUUCAAAGCCAUGGUAGAAGAUAAGAAACGGAAGGUGGAUUCAGCCCUUAGCCUGCACAACUAUGGGCUGGAGUGUGAUGAGACAGAGACAUGGAUAAAGGACAAAACACGAGUCAUUGAAUCCACACAGGACCUAGGGAACGAUCUGGCUGCAGUCAUGACCAUCCAGAGGAAGCUCUUUGGCAUGGAGAGAGACUUGGCUGCUAUCCAAGACAAGCUUGAUUUCCUUCAUGGUGAAGCUGAUCAACUUGUGAAGGACCACCCUGAGAAUGCCCCUGAUAUCCUGGCCAGACAAACCGCCCUGGAUACAGCCUGGGACACACUCAAGCGUACUUUAAAGGAUCGUGAGGACUCUCUAGGUGAGGUCAGCAAGCUGCAGACCUUCCUACAGGAUAUGGAUGACUUCCAGUCAUGGCUAUUCAAGACUCAGAAAGCUAUUGCAUCUGAGGAGAUGCCUACUUCACUCCCUGAGGCAGAGCAGCUCCUUAACCUGCAUGAUGCUGUGAGAGUAGACAUGGAUGGCCAUGAGGAGGACUACCACCGUGUUAGGGACACAGGAGUGGCCGUAACCCAAGGUCAAGAAGAUGACCCUCAGUACCAGCAGUUGGAGCAAAGGCUAAAGGGUCUGGAUAAGGGCUGGGAUGAAUUGCACAAGAUGUGGGAUAGCCGUAAGAACUUCCUAGACCAGGGCCUGGGCUUCCAGCAGUUCAUGAGAGAUGCCAAGCAAGCUGAAGCAAUCUUAAACAACCAAGAGUACACUCUGGCUCAUCUGGACCAGCCUGACACCCUUGAUGGAGCUGAGAAGGCCCUGAAGAAACAUGAGGACUUUGUCAGCACCAUGGAUGCAAAUGAGGAGAAGAUUGUCAACUCACUGGAGAGUGGUCAAAGGCUCAUAGAUAGCGGGAAUCUUUACUCAGGGAGAGUGAAGGAUAAGAUGGGCUCCAUCCAAGACAGGUAUAAUGCAAACAGAGCCAAGGCCAAUGAGGUCUCAGAAAAACUAAAGGAUAACCGGGAUCUUCAGCAUUUCCUGCAAAAUACCCAGGAUCUGACACUGUGGAUAAAUGAGAAGAUGCUAACUGCUCAGGAUACAUCGUAUGAUGAGGCUCGUAAUCUUCACAGCAAGUGGCAGAAGCACCAGGCCUUCAUGGCUGAGCUGGCCUCCAACAAGGACUGGCUCACCAAGAUAGACCAGGAGGGAGAGGAGCUGAUGAAAUCAAAGCCAGAAUUUGAGCCCAUUGUGAAAGACCGCUUGGAAAAAUUGCACGAGCUGUGGGAUCAAUUAGAAAACACCACACAAGAGAAGGCCAGACUCCUAUUUGAUGCUAACCGCUCUGAGCUUUUUGACCAGAGCCUGGCUGACCUGAGGAAGUCGUUGGCCAACUUGCAGCAGCAGCUUCAGGGUGAUGUGGAUGAAGAAGUGAAAGAUCUUGCCAGUGCCAAUAGACUGCUCAAAAAACAUCAGUUGACAGAGAACCAGGUGCGUGAUAGGGCACGGGAGCUGGAAGAGCUUCAGGAGGCUGUGCAGAAGCAUGCACCACUCAGAGAAGACCAGCCUGAACUGGAGGUUGAGCAGCAGGCUUUGCAAAGGGACUUCCAGCAGCUGUUCACUCCUCUUGACCAAAGAAGAGGGAGGCUGGAGGCUGCCAAGGCUGUUUACCAGUUCUACAGGGACCUUGCUGAUGAAAUUCUCUGGGUGGAGGAGAGGUUGCCCAUGGCUUUGUCAGAAGAGCAUGGCAACAAUCUCCAGUCAGUCCAGCUGCUUCUGAAGAAAAACCAGACUCUGCAGAAGGAAAUUGAGGGCCACCAGCCAAGGGUGGAUGAGGUGGUAGAACGUGGUCGACGUAUGAUGGCAGCAGCAGAGGGUAGCCCAGAGGCAGAUCGCAUGGCAGAGGAGAUGAAGAAGCUUGAGGAGAUAUGGGCAAGGUUGCAGGACGAGAUGACAAAACGUCGCGGUCGGCUGAAUGGCUCCUAUUUGGCUCAGCAGUAUUACAAUGAUGCUGAUGAGGCAGAAGCCUGGAUUGGAGAGCAGGAACUCUACAUGAUCGCUGACGAGAAGGCCAAGGAUGAGCAGAGUGCUAUGAUUAUGCUUAAACGACACCUGAUCUUGAAGCAAGCUGUAGAUGACUAUUCAGACUCUAUUCGGAAACUGGCUGACCGGGCUCAAAGUAUGCUGGCUGAGGACCACCCUGAUGGAGAGGCCAUCAUUCGCAGGCAGGGUCAGGUGGACAAACAGUACGCCAGUCUAAAGGACCUAGCAGAGGACCGCAGGAAGAAGCUGGAUCACACGUACCACCACUUUUUGCUCAGUCGGGAGGUUGAGGACCUGGAGCAGUGGAUUGCUGAGCGUGAUGUGGUCGCUUCAUCACAAGAGAUGGGCCAGGAUCUUGACCACGUGACGAUCCUGCGUGAUAAGUUCCGUGAGUUUGCUCGGGAAACAGGGAUGGUUGGUCAGGAGCGUGUGGAUGCGGUGAACCAGAUUAUUGAUGAGCUGAUUGAGGCUGGCCACACUGAGGCAGCCACCUUGGCAGAGUGGAAGGAUGGUGUAAACGAAAGCUGGGCAGAUCUUCUGGAGCUAAUUGACACCCGUGCACAACUCCUCACUGCUUCUUAUGAUUUGCUCAAAUAUUUCUGCGAUGGGAAGGAGCUGGUUUCUCAGAUCCAGGAGAAAAAGAAUGAACUUCCUGAUGAUCUUGGCGAGGACUUCAGCAAGGCAGAGUCUUUCCACCGCAUGCAUGCUGCAUUUGAGAGAGACAUCAGCACUCUGGGCAAACAGGUACAGCAGUUGCAGGAGACAGCAUCUCGUCUGCAUGCCCAGUAUGCUGGGGACCAGGCUACUGAAAUUCAGAACAUGGAGAAGGAAGUGGUAGAUGCCUGGAAAGGCUUGCUGGAUGCCUGUGAAGGCCGGAGGAAACGACUUGAGGAGACGGCCAACAAGUUCCGCUUCUUCACUAUGGUGAGAGAUCUGAUGGCCUGGAUGGAGAGCAUUAUUCAGCAGAUAGAGACCCAGGAGAAGCCCAGGGAUGUGUCCUCGGUGGAAUUGCUAAUGAAGUAUCACCAGGGGAUUCGUGCAGAGAUCGAGACCCGUGAGCCUAAAUACAAUGAUUGUGUGGGCCUAGGUCAGGCACUCUUGGCACGCAAACAUCGUGACUCAGCUGAGAUUAAAGAGAAACUGAUGCAGUUGAUGGAGAAGAAGCAGGAGAUGAUGCUGAAAUGGGACGACAGAUGGGAUUGGCUUCGACUGUUGCUGGAAGUGUGCCAGUUUGCACGGGAUGCAUCAGUUGCAGAGGCCUGGCUAGUAGCUCAGGAGCCUUAUGUGGCUAGCAGAGAUCUGGGCCAAACAGUGGAUGAGGUGGAGAAACUUCUGAAGAGACAUGAGGCCUUUGAGAAAUCCACUGCCACCUGGGAGGAACGCUUCUCUGCACUGGAGCGCCUCACUACGCUGGAGCUACUGGAACUCAGAAAGAUGCAACAGGAACUACAGAGCCAGGAGGAUGAGAAGGAAAGCAGGAGAGAAGACACAGGCUUCGCUGAGGAAUCUUCACAGCUCUACACCACAGAAGAGCAGACAUUGUCUGGCAUUGCAACUGUGGAGCCCAGUUCUGGGCGAGGGGAUGGUACAGCAGGGGACUCCACUGUGCCCCUGUUCUCAGAGAUCCGUGAGAGUGGAUCCUUAGAUCUGGAACCAUCUACAUCCACAGAGGUCCCUAAAGAACAAGAGCGGGCUGCCACUCUCCCAACUGAGCCCCCACGCACACAGGCCGUCAUUCUCGAGGGAACGCUGGCCCGUAAACACGAAAUGGAGGGUCCAAACAAGAAAGCAGCAAACAGGUCUUGGAACAAUCUUUACUGUGUCCUGAAACCUGGUCAGCUUUCAGCCUACAAGGAUGCCAAGAGCUUUGGCCAUGGUGUCACAUACCAUGGAGAGGACCCACUGUCUCUUAGCAAUGCAUUAUGUGAAGUGUUGACUAAUUACAAGAAGAAGAAGCAGGUGUUCAAACUUCGUUUAGGGAAUGGUAGUGAGUACUUGUUCCAGUGUAAAGAUGAGGAGGACCUCCAGAAUUGGACUCAAGCCAUAGCUCGGGCGGCUGAGCCCCUGACAGAGGAGGUGGUCCCAGGACCUUCAGGGACCAGGGCUCAGAGUUUGCCUCCACCCUCUUCUUCAACCAUCCCUGAAGCCCCAUCAGCUAAGAAGGACAAGGAGAAAAGGUUCAGUCUGUUUACCAAGAAAAAAUGAGGGCACAGCUGUCAGCCCAAGCGUGUUGAGAAAAAGGAAUGUAGAAAUGUGAGGUGGAAAAAGACAGGUGGAGGUAAAGAAAUGAACAAUCAGCUAGACUUUUGAUUUCUGUCACUAUCCUACUACUUUUUAUAUUAUACUCAUUUGUAAGGAUUGAAUUAUAUUAUAUAAUGUAGAUCGAGUAUAGCACUGCAGCCUGUAUGUAAGCCAGAGAGUUGUUGCCGAUUUUCAUAUGUCACUUUCUGACACAAAUAAGAUUCACUUUGUAUCUGAAUAAAAGCACAGGAAUGCUCUUUCAAUCCUCAACCAAAGAUUGAUUGUAAAUUUUCUGCUUUUCUGUUCUUUCGUUAUAGCCUCCUCUAUGCAUGUUGUCAUAUGCAGAAUUUAUAAUCUGUAUUUCAAAACCAUAUGAUAGGUGUCAUUUUGUUUAUCUGCCUUAUUCUGUAAAAUGGUUGUGAAAUAUUAUACUGUGCUCUUUGCUUUUGAGGAUGGAACUGAAAUUAUGGAUUUUCCAUUAGAAACAGACAUUGGGAAAGUUUUGUAAAUGUUAUUUAGCCAUCAGGGAGUUUUUGUUCUGAGCGUGUUUUACACUGUACACUACUGUAUAGCAAAAGCACUAGUGAAUCAAGUAUGCAUAUCAAUUGCACCAAAACUAUAUUGUAAAGACUAUUUUUUCCUUUUAGA